AUGGACAAAGUAACGUCGAUUUUAUCGUUCAUCGUGUUUUUUAUUUCAUUCGUCUCUGCGAGUGAGAGAAGUCUACAUAGAACAGACUUGAAUUGUAGCGGUCGUGCUUACUAUAACGUGACACUGGCUGCAUAUUACCCUAAUUUCGAUAGCGAUGACGUGUCUGACUACUUGGAUGUUAGGAUGAAGAAACUGAGGACCUUGCAGGAUUUUCUUGACGGACGCGGUGAAUUCGUGACCGUUUCCAUGGACCUCGAUGGAGGAAUACCAUAUGGCACAAAAUUAUGCAUACCUCAGCUGAACGAAAAAUUUCAACGACAGAUUCCACUUCAGGCUAGAGACAGAAGCCACUACGACGAUGUUAAAACGAGUUCGCCCGAUUUUUCUCACCUGGAUAUCUGCGUGAGAACCGAAGAAGAUACUUACGAUAAUUCAGUAAAUGGUAUUGUGACGCUUUAUGUAUAA